CUGGGUCUCUCACCACCACCACCACCGCCUCCCCCUGCACCCUGCACCCUCCCCCUGUCUGAUGAUAUCUCAGCCCGGAGAGGUUUGAAUCCAGUCUCUGGCCCCAGCCGCCAUGCUGAGCUGAGAGAGUUGCGACCAACCAAACUUUGUCACGCUGCUGCACCGACUUUCAUCUCCGUACACACCGGGUCUAAGAGGAAAGCUUCCCCACGACUUGUGCCUCUCCCUCAAUCUCUUCUAACUGUGUGAAGAAACGUGGAAAGGAGUUUUAAUGCAUCAGUAUUCGCUAGCCGACGCCAUGACAGACAAAGGAAACUUCACAGUUCCGAAGUUAUCAGAGUCAAAUAUGGGAUUUGGCGUGCUGGGAGUGUUCCUGGGGCUGCUCCUCGAGGUCUCCACACAUGGACCCCACGCUGUGCCUCGAACCUCCUGGAGACAUCAAGAUUUGGAUCUGAUGGAGUUUUCGGAGCCGGAGAUCUUCAACUACUCCACGCUGCUGCUGAGUGAGAAAAGAGACGCGCUGUACGUGGGAGCCAGGGAGGCCAUCUUUGAGCUCAGCAAGAAGAAUGUGACCGUCAAAAACAACAAGGUUCAGUGGACAGUUGCAGAAAUCCCCAUGGUGAUGUGCUCGCUGAAAGGAAAAUCAAAAGAGAGGGAUUGUCUCAACUACAUCCGAGUGCUCCAAGUCGUAGACGACGAGCGGCUGUAUGUCUGCGGCACGCACGCCUUUCAGCCUCAGUGUGACUACUUGAACCUCGCAGACUUUUCGUUGGACGGUCGACCUGAAGAUGGCCGGGGAAAGUGCUCCUUCGACCCGUCGCAAAGCUUUACGACUGUCAUGGUUGAUGGAGAGCUGUACUCAGGGACCGCUUAUAACUUCUUAGGCAGUGAACCGAUUAUUUCCAGAUACUCUCCGUCCCAGUCUCUGCUGAGGACCGAGUACUCCACAUCAUGGCUCAACGAGCCCAGUUUUGUUUUUGCCGACGUGAUCAGUGAAGGGAGUAACAGAGUAGAUGGUGAAGACGAUAAAAUCUACUACUUCUUCACCGAGGUGUCGGUGGAGUACGAAUUCUUUGGCAAGCUGCUCAUCCCCAGGGUGGCGCGCGUCUGUAAGGGUGACCUCGGGGGGCAACGCACUCUGCAGAAGAAAUGGACCUCCUUCCUGAAAGCCAAGCUAGUGUGCUCCAUGCCUGAGCUCAACUUUGUUUUCAACGUAGUACAUGAUGUCUUCAUCCUGAAGGGGGCAGACUGGAGGGACACGGUCAUCUACGGGGUCUUCACCUCCCAGUGGGGUAACGUGGGCUUGUCAGCAGUGUGCGCUUACAACAUGACAGCUGUGGAAGAAGUCUUCUCCAAGGGCAAGUACAUGCAGAAGGCCACGGUGGAGCAGUCCCACACCAAGUGGGUCCGAUACAACGGCAUUACUCCUUCUCCACGUCCUGGAGCAUGUAUUAACAACCUGAUGCGACAGCAGAACAUCAGCAGCUCUCUCCACCUGCCUGACAAGACCCUUCAGUUUGUUAAGGACCACCCCCUGCUGGAGGACCCCGUCCUGCCGAUCGGCAACGGACCUCGCCUCAUCACCAAAGACGUCAACUACACUCAGAUCGUCGUGGAGAGGGUCCGUGCGCUCGAUGGAAACAUUUACGACGUCAUCUUCACUGGAACAGAUAAGGGAGUCCUGCACAAGUCAGUGGUGUAUGAAGGAGACGUGCACAUUGUGGAGGAGAUCCAGCUCCUGAAGAACUCUGAGUCCAUCAAAAACCUGCUGCUGUCCUCUGAGACGCGAUCCCUGUACGCUGGUUCAGACUCCGGUGUAGUUCAGUCACCCACAGCCUUCUGCGGCCGGUAUCGGUCCUGCGACGACUGUGUCCUGGCUCGAGACCCGUACUGUGCCUGGGACCCUCACACUGCUGCCUGUGUCAAUACCGUUGAUGUGCCCAGCCAACGGCUUAGGAAGCUAAUCCAGAGCCUGAAUGGUGACGCAGACAAGUGUCCUUCAGCGUCAGGUCUGUCUGUGAAGGACUACCAGCGUGUGACAGUGAAACCAGGGAGCUCUGCUGAGCUGCCGUGCCUGGUACGCUCCAACCUAGCCCAGGUGAUGUGGAAAUCCAACGGCUCGGUUCUCACCGAGGCCUCUCGCUUCCACCUCAUAGCCGAAAACGGUCUCCUUAUUUACAGCGUGGCUCCAGAGGAUCAAGGUCGCUACGAGUGCUGGUCGGUGGAAUGGGCCCCCGCUGCUGGGAAGAACUUCAGCCGCCUCCUGGCUGGAUACGUCCUCACUCUGAAUGUCCCGGCCAGAGCCCCUCACCAGGCAGGCCACGUGACCACCACCCUCGACAGCCAGGAGACAUCUAGCACACAUGCAGCUGAAGGUAAUGGUAAGACAGACAGAGCCCUACUAACGUCGGCCCUUGCCCUUCCCAGCUUCACAGCCACAGUCCAACUCACCUCCCCGCCCCAAACUGACUCAUCACUAACGCCGCCGCCCAGCAGCACAAUCAAGUUCCAGCCAAAGCAGCUUCUUCCCCUGAGCUCCAACACACCGCACCAAGACAGCCGGGACCCAGCGGCGGAGUAUCUGCAGCACAACAACAGCACAGCCCUCCUCUUCCUCUUCCUCCUGUUCUUCCUCCUCUUCCUGGCCGCGUUGGCGUACAACUGCUACAUGCAGUAUCUUCCAGCUCCCUGCCUGCGUCUGCGAGCUGCUCUGUUGGGCAGUCACAAAAGCGCCCAUCAGCCUGAGUACCGGGCGUGUGAGGGAGGUCUAAUGGAGGCGUCUGCAACUGACAAAAUUAACAUGACUGAGCAGCCGACGCAGAACGGCAGCCAGACCACUCAAAACGUCAAGGCGCUCCGCGACACCGGCUAUGAGACUGAGCCGGAGUGCGGAAACGGUCGGAUCCCCUCUCACACUUUUGGGGGCGACAGCCCGUCCCAGGAGAAACCCUUCGAUGUGGACUGUGAAUCUCAGCCCAUCCAGUUUGCAGAUGCAGAUGAACCUUACUGCUAGCCAGAAGCCUCUGCAUGGAGACUGUUUCAUAGGGGUCACGCUCUUGCUGCCUCUUCCCACAACUAUAUGAAAGUAUGUUUAGUGUACAGCAUCACAUGAAGCUUAAUCAUCACAAAGCUUAAGUCAGGCGUCCCACUUGCCUGUAGCGAUUUAACUCCUGCUGUCUGAUUUUUAGUGCUUAUGAUGAUAAAGCAAAAAGCUAUAUUCACAGAAGCUGCACCCUCUCAGCUUCGGUCCAGCGAGAAAAGCUAUUUGUUAAAUUCCAAAUUGGAAACAUUGUUUACCAAAUUGGUAAGUUACUUUGAUGUUUUCCAAAUUGGAGUCGUGUUUUUUUUCUUUUUGUACAGCCUGGGGUGAAAAAUUAAUUGAAGCUUUUGCAUCUUUUUUUUUUCCGAAGCAAAGUGUAGGUUAUUGGUCUUGGGUAAAGACUUCAACAUUACAGUAAUUUCUCAGGGAAGAUUUGCUCGGUACUUACAGCCUAUCUUUGUUGUACUGUGUUGCCGUCUGCAGCACCCGGUAUGUGGGCCUUAAUCUCAACCAGCGAAGUGGCAAUGUAGGGUUUGAAGGUCAGAAAGUGGACAAGCGACGAGUUGCAUGAUAUACAAUGCUGGAAUAAAUCAAACCACUGUCUUGAGUUGUCUUUGAGUGACAAUGUUGAGUUUCUCUGUAUUUAAUUUGCUGCCUACCUGUGAACAUUCCCACAUGGAUACAACUCUUAUGGUCCUGUGUAUUAACCUCUACUAGUGAUGUUUCCUUACGCUGUCUGUUAAUAACUUAAAUAUGUUCCGUAUGACCUGAUGCUUGACAAUAUCAACCAUCAGUUUUUGAAACGCUCUGUUUUUUAAAAGUUAUUUUUGUAUUAUUGUUUUUAAUCAAGUCUUCAGUUUUAGAACAUUUUCAGAGAAUUAUUUAAUGAGUCACAUCUGAGGUAAUAUCACUUUGUUUAUUGUGUAGGUAGUUAUGAUCUUCCACGUUUGUUUUUAUUUUAUUUAUUGCAGCAGGUUCUUUUAGUUGAUUUUUUUUACAUCCUGUCCCAUUGUCUCCGUCUUGUCUGUUUUGCAUGUCGCCCCUUGUUUAUAUUUACUAUUUCCCUCAAUACUCACUCUUUUUCCAUCACUCCCUCCCUCACAGCCUCCUCUCCUGUCGACACUUCAUCUUCCUCCUCCUCCUCUGGAAGUAGCACUCCCUCUGCCCUUCCUUCCUCCUCCUCUUCCUCCUCCUCCUCUUCUUCCACCUCUUCUUCCACCUCUUCUUCCACCUCUUCCUCCACCAAG